UAUGCGCCUUUUCGAUCAAAUACCAUUUCGCCGUGACAAGGGGAAUGAGGGAAGUAGGAGGUUUGAGAGGAAUAUUGUAUCAUGGAAUUCUAUGAUUACGUGCUAUGUGAAAACAGGAAAUAUUGUUUCUGCUAGAGAAAUAAGAAAAAAGAAAAACCCCUUUUUCAAUUACUCACACUUACAAGUCUUGAGCCCCUUUUUCUUUUGUGAUCUCAUCAAAUAUAUAAAAAAGCUCCAGCAUCUUUGCUCCCUCCUUCUUCAUAUCUACUCUCAAGUACUCACAGUUCCUUCUCUCUUCAGCUUCGCUUUGCUUUCUGUCAAGCCCACACAUCUCUCUCCCUCCAAAGCCCAGGUCACUUCCAAGCAGAUGGCAUAGUAAGUGAUGUUUUAAGAGUUUAUUUGGGCAAGUAUGGAAAGAAAUGGGAUGGGAGGGAAGUUCAAAAGAUAGUUGGAAAAACACCACUCGAAGCUGCAACUGCUGUUGUGGAGGAUUAUGGGCUAUCUUGCACAACGAGUGAAUUACUCUCAGAGCUUGACCCAAUGUUCUCAAAUCAGUGGUGCAACAUCAAAGCGCUUCCAGGUGCCAAUCGGCUAAUUAAACAUUUGAGCGGUCACAGAGUGCCAAUAGCAUUGGCUUCAAACUCUCCAAGGGAAAACAUAGAAACCAAAAUUUCUUUUCAUCAGGGUUGGAAAGAAUCCUUCUUAGUUAUCAUUGGAGGUGACGAAGUAAGAUCAGGAAAGCCAUCUCCUGAAAUAUUCCUUGAAGCUGCUAAAAGAUUAAAUAUUGAACCGUCCAGCUGUCUUGUCAUUGAAGAUUCUCUGCCAGGUGUGACAGCCGGGAAGGCUGCUGGAAUGGAGGUAGUUGCUGUACCCUCUCUGCCAAAGCAAUCCCAUCUCUUUACUUCAGCAGAUGAGGUGAUCAACUCUCUACUUGAUUUGCAUCCUGAAAAGUGGGGCCUACCUCCUUUCAAAGAUUGGAUAAAAGACACUUUGCCAAUAGAAUCUUGGCAAAUUGGUGGUCCUGUCAUUAAGGGAUUUGGUCGGGGCUCAAAAGUACUUGGGAUCCCUACAGCUAAUCUAUCCACCGAGCGAUAUUCAACUCUCCUUUCAGAACAUCCCUCGGGAGUGUAUUUCGGUUGGGCUGGAUUACCAAUGCGAGGUGUCUUUAAAAUGGUCAUGAGUAUUGGUUGGAAUCCUUAUUUCAACAACACUGAAAAGACUAUAGAGCCGUGGCUGCUUCAUGACUUUGAUGAGGACUUCUAUGGGGAGGAAUUGCAUCUUAUCAUAGUUGGCUACAUAAGGCCUGAGGCCAAUUUCCCGUCCCUCGAGAGCUUGAUCGAAAAGAUCCAUGAGGACCGGAAAAUUGCAGAGGAAGCUCUUGAUCUUCCAAUGUACUCAAAAUUCAAGGAUGACCCAUAUCUUAAAGACUCUACAUAAGGAUGCCACUGGAAUUUCCCGAACUCUACUUAUUCUACUUCAUUGGCUAAUUGCUAAUGGAGUUUGAAGCUGUUGUACACUCAUUAUUGAGACAAAAACAUUCUUUCAUUUCGAGUCAUUUCAUGAAACAUAAUGGUGUGCAUCAUAUAUCCCAAACUCAUUUUAUUGUAUUGUAAAUUACCGAUCACUUCAUAAACAUGAAAUUACAGAAAUGAUGAUUGUCGA